AUGGCCGAUGACCAGCCCGCCCGCGUAUCGCACUGGCGGCUCGUCCGCGAGCCUGCGCUGGUGACCCGCGAGAUAGUCACUCACGACUGGAAGGGUGAGGGAACGGCUGACGAUCCAUACCUAAUCGACUUUAUCCCUAAUGACCCACGGAAUCCUAUAAACAUCCCAACAGGCAUGCGAUGGCUCGUCGCAGCCCUCAACGCCUUCGCAACCCUGGCCAUGACGUUCGCCUCCUCCGCGUACACGAGCAGCGUGGCCAACCUGCAGCAGGAGCUCGGCGUCAGCAACGAGACGGCCUUCCUGGGGACCUCGCUCUUCGUCCUGGGGUUCGCGCUGGGCCCGCUGGUGUGGGCGCCGCUGAGCGAGGCGUUUGGCCGGCGGCCCGUGUUCCUGGCGACGUACGGCGCCUUUGUCGCGUGCAACGUCGCCGCCGCGCUGCCGGACAACAUCAUCGUCAUAGUCACGUUCCGCGGCGUCGCCGGCGCGCUGGGGUCCUCGGCGCUGGUCAACUCGGGGACCGUCGUCGCGGACAUGUUCUCGCUUGCGGACCGCGGGCGGGUGAGCGCCGUGUUCUCCGGGGCGCCGUUCCUGGGCCCCGUGCUGGGCCCCAUCGCCGGCGGGUUCCUGAGCCAGAGCUCCGGGUGGAAGGGGGUUGGUGUCCUCAUCGCGGGCCUGACGGGGGCGCUGUGGAUGCUGUACUACUUCCUCGUCCCCGAGACCUAUGCCCCUGUGCUCCUGCGGCUGAGAGCCGUGCUGCUCACCAAGACGGACCCGCGGGGCAAGGUCUUCCAGUCGCGCAUGGACAAGGCCAAGGGGGUCAAGUCCACAGCAGAGCUGCUCCGCACGUCCAUGGUCCGGCCCUUCCUGCUCCUCUUCUCGGAGACCAUCGUCAGCAUCAUGUCUCUCUACAUGGCUAUCAUCUUCGGCGCCAUGUACAUGAUGUUCGCCGAGUUCCCAAUCGUCUUCCAGAAGGGGUUCGGCCUGUCACCUGGCUUCAGCGGCCUUGCCUUCCUCGGGAUCGCGAUCGGGAUGAUCUUUGCUCUCGUCUUUAUUCUCUUCCAGAACAAGGCUUAUAUCAAGGUGGCAAAGGCAUCGCCUGGUGGGAGGGCGCCGCCGGAGACCCGACUUGGACCAGCCCGUAUCGGUGCAGUCAUGGCACCCAUUGGCCUGGCCAUCUUCGCGGUGACCAACUCCCCAGAGUUCUCAUUCUACAUCCCCGUCGCGGCAACAGUGCCCUUCGGCUUCGGCAUGGUGAUCAUAUUCCUCAGCCUGCUCAAUUACCUCGUCGACACGUACACCGUCUACGCCGGCUCCGCCAUCGCCGCGGCAACAGCCAUCCGCUCCAUAUUCGGGGCCGUGUUCCCCCUGUUCACGAGGAUCAUGUUCGAGAAGCUGGGCGUGCACGGCGGUGCUGCCGUGCCGGCGGCCCUGGCUGCCGUCUGCAUCCCCUUUCCGUUCCUUUUCAUCAGGUACGGCAAGCAGAUACGAGAAAAGGCAAAGUUCGCCACGGAGGCGCGGGCCCUUGCGCUCAAGAUGAUGGGCCAGGCGAAGCCUGAAGAAAAGAAGCCGAGGCCGCUCUCCGACGGGCAUGGCCCGACUGGCAACGAGGAGUGGCAGUGCUACGGGCGAUACUGCCUUGGAAAUUGCGAGAUCGGGACGUUGUACACAUCACCAACCCGCACCGACCGCAUCAUGGCUGACUACACGCUGUACCUGGUGACGGACUCGACGCCGGCGAUCCUCGGCGACAAGGACAUCUGCGACGUGGUGGACCGGGCGAUCCGGGGCGGGGUCACGAUCGUGCAGUACCGCGACAAGACGAGCGACACGGGCGACCUGGUGGCGACGGCGAGGAGGCUGCACGCCGUCACGCAGAGGCACGGGGUCCCGCUGCUCAUCAACGACCGGGUCGACGUCGCGCUCGCCGUGGGGUGCGAGGGCGUGCAUCUGGGCCAGGAUGAUAUGGACAUCACGACGGCGAGGAAGCUCCUCGGCAGCGGCAAGAUCAUCGGCAUCACGGCCAACACGGCCGAGGAGGCCGUCACGGCGUGCGAGCAGGGCGCCGACUACCUGGGCAUAGGGACGGUCUUCUCCACUCAGACAAAGACAAACACCAAGAACGUGAUCGGACCAGAUGGUCUCCGUCAGACCCUCACCACCCUUCUGCUCCAGGGCCACCGCGGCGUGCCAACGGUGUGCAUCGGGGGCAUCAAUGCGUCCAACAUCCCACAGGUGAUGUUCCGCGGUAGCCCAUGCGAAAACCCCCUGGACGGCGUCGCGGUUGUCAGUGCCAUCAUGGCGGCCGAGGACCCUGAGGCGGCUUCAGCCCUGCUGCUGGGGCUGGUGCGGGAUGCUGCGUCGCGCCACACCAAGUGGAGGACUGGGGGGGUGUGGUACGCAACAAUUGAGGACAUGCUCGAGGCGCUCGUUCCUGCAGCCAUCAAGGCGGUUCAUGACCAAAAGCCUCUGUCGCACAACAUGACGAACUUGGUGGUCCAGAACUUCGCGGCGAACGUGGCCCUCGCAAUCGGGGCGUCGCCCAUCAUGGCCAACUACGGGGAAGAAGCCGCCGAUCUCGCGAAGUUGGGUGGCGCGCUGGUCAUCAACAUGGGGACUGUGACGCCGGAAGGACUCGAGAACUACAAGAAGGCCCUCAGGGCGUACAAUGCGGCGGGCCGGCCAGUGGUCUUCGACCCGGUUGGCGCAGGGGCAACAGCCGUCCGCAGGGCAGCAGUAAAGUCCAUUCUCUCAGCCGGCUACAUAGACGUGAUCAAGGGCAACGAGAGCGAGAUCAAGACAGUCUGGGCGAGCGGCAACAACAGCGCAGGCCACACAGAGAGCCAGCGUGGCGUGGACAGCAGCAGCACGCUGUCCGACCAGGACAAGGCCCAUCUCGUACGGGCCUUAGCCGCGCGCGAGCAGGCCGUCGUGGUGAUGACGGGCAAGACGGACGUCAUCUCGGACGGCGUACGCGUGGUCGCCAACCAGAACGGGCACGAGUACCUGGGGAUGGUCACCGGCACGGGGUGCACCCUCGGCACGACCAUCUCGGCUUUUGUGGCUGCUUGUCCCCCUGGUGGCGACAUGCUGGCGUAUGUCGUGGCGGGCACCCUCCUGUUCGAGAUCGCGGCUGAACAGGCGGCGGCCGAGCACAGCGUCCGGGGGCCUGGGACGUUUGUGCCUGCGUUCUUGGACGCGCUGUAUCGCAUCCGCACGGCUACUGUUGCUGGGGAUCUCGGAUGGCUGCUAGCUAAGAAAGCGGAGUUUGUCUAUGUAUGCGACAUCCAAGAGAAGUUCCGCAACGCAAUCCACGAGUUCGACAAGGUCGUCCUCACGGCCCAAAAGGUCCUCCGCGCAGCCCACGCCCUCAACAUCCCAAUCUACACGACGACCCAGAACCGCGCCCGGCUGGGCGAGACGGUCCCCGAGCUCCACAAAUACCUCGACCCCGGCAGCCCGCUGUGCAGGGCGCACGCCGACAAGACGGCCUUCAGCAUGUUCGUGCCCGAGGUGACGGGGGCGCUCGGCCCGGCGCCGGCGCAGGUCGUGCUCGUGGGCAUCGAGUCGCACAUCUGCAUCACGCAGACGGCGCUGGACGCGCGGCGCGCCGGGCACGAGGUGUACGUCCUCGCCGACGGGGUCAGCAGCUGCAACAGGGAGGAGGUGCCCGUCGCGCUGGCGCGGCUGCGGGCCGAGGGGGUUGUCGUCACGACGAGCGAGAGCUGGCUGUACGAGUUUGUCGGGGACGCCGGGAGGCCCGAGUUCAAGGCUGUUAUUGGGCUUGUCAAGGAUACCUCGGCUGACACGAAGAGGGUGCUGCAGGCGCUUGCGCCUCUGCAGGGGGCUUCUAAGAUUUAA